AGAGAAUGAAAUGGAUAUAUUAACACGAUAAUUAAGCAUUUGUUCGUAACGACUCGUAUAACAUCGAGUGUUAGAUGGCUUUCGUUACAGAGGAUAGCUGUUCAUUAAUUUAGAUUUGUCAUUAGUAUCGUUUUUUGUGAUUAGUCUCAGGAUCUCAAAUGCAUCAUUCUGCGUAGAAUGUCAGACCUUCGAAUUUUAUGAUACCAUGGUUUAUGAGGUCCAAUACUUGAUGUCAACCUCAAGUACUGAUCAUAACAUCAAAGAAAUUUUUCAAUUUGAAAGAAAAGCAUUUUUUCUAAUCCCGGUUAUCUUUCAUUAUGAAUAUUAUGGUUUCCUAUUUAAGUUUUAUUAAAAUAAAGUGGAACAUAAAUGAACACGGAUCGAAAGAGUUUAAUCAAACCGCAUUGCUCAUUAACAUUCUGAACAUUUAACAUACGUGAACAGCGUUCAGUGGAAGCCCCGUUAUGGUAAACUGAAACGUUUAUUGCACUCUCUAAGGUUUGCUUUGUUUUCAUGUAAAUGUACCGAUACUUAUAUCAAGACGAAUUUAUUGAAUUUUAUCUAUCUGGCUAUUAUUUACUUGUGUAAUAUGGACAGUGGUUUGUGCAAUUUAUGGAUUGUGAAAUUGUCAUGAAGAUCUCAUAUGGCAUCACUUAAAAUCUUUAUGCAUCAAACAUUCAUGUUGAAAUGUUUGACAUCACGAUCCGUGGGUUUCGUGUAAAUUCAAAGUUUCGCGGGUUUGUAACCAUCGCGAACAACAAACUGUUCAUGACAGCUUUAUGAAUUUAGUUGGCAUAAAUUGUUUGUAAAUAUUUUGAAUUAUAACUUAUAUUCAAUGAAUCUGUUAUUAUUCAGGUGGGAGAAAUGAUUAAAUUCAAGUGGCAAGAUUAUGCAGCAAUCGCGUGUCUGUAAGUCUGGAUUUCUGUUCUCUUUCGUGUAAUACCUAACAGUAGUAGAUGAUUGUCCAUACAUUUAUAUCGAGUGUUGAUUAUUAUCUCAAAAUUUAAACGUCCAGCCACGGAGAACGAAAGCCAUGAACUCAAGUCAGCUAAUGAGCUAAAUAAUAGAUCUGAUUUCAUAUGGGUAUCUGUUUACGUAUUCGUCAUUUUAGUAGGAUAUGUGGCGUCUUCAAGGUUCAAAGUUCAUCAUAUCGCAUUAUCCUACUGGUGAUGAGACUAUAAUUGUGUAAAAGAAUUACAUAUGAAUAAAGUUUUACUGUGGUCAACGGAAAUCAUUCUGAUGUGCUGUGGCAUCAAACAGUCAUGUUAUAUUUUAAUUAGCUUCAUUAUUCUCGAAGACUUCUUGACGAUAAUCUUCUGCUCCUUGACUAAAAGAUUCAAAAAAGGAGUAACAAUUGCAUUUUUGUGUAUUACAGUGGCCUGUUUUGCAAUUACUUUAUAUACCAUUUAUGUAGGGCGGAUGGUUAGUUCUGAUUGUGCCACUCAUUAUAUUGUCGUUCUUCAGAUUCAGAACCAAUCCAUUAUUUGCACUGAUCCUGAUUGAAAUAACAAUUCUACUAUGGUCUUUGGAUAUCAUUUUGAUGUGUUACUCUAAGUUCGAAUACUCAUGUUAUAUUUUAAUUGGCUUCAUUAUUCUGGAAGACGCGUUACCAAUCAUCUCCUACUUCCUAAAUAGAAAGCUGAAACGAGAAGUAGAGCUUACACUAUUGUUCAAUAUCGCUGGCUUGAAUUAUAGCUGUUGUAAUUAUCUUUUGUCUAAAACCGAAUAAACGUCUUUUGUUGGAAUUGCCUGGCUGCUUCUGGAACACAUCUGUAAUUUUAGUAAGUUAACUGUAAUGUUUUGAAUUUGUGAAAAUGUCUAUCGAAUUGAUUUCAGUGGUAAAUGUAGUGAGAUGCAAAAAUAUUUCAAAUUGUAAACAAUUUGUAAAAGCAAAGUUUGUUUUGACGAAGAUUCAUGAUUCACAAAAAUGUAUAAAUGUGUGAAUAACAUUCCAGAUAGAAUUCAUUGUUCAUUUGAUUCAUAAAUGUAAAUCAUGAAUCGUUGUUCAUUCACGAAAUCGAAACCCUACAGACAAGUAAUUAAAAAUCGAAUCAUUCAUGUUGUCGUGUUUGUGAC